UCACGAACACGUGGUGCUCAUCGAUUUUCACAGUUUUCCUGAGUGGGGCAGUCCACUGGCCCGCACACACUCCACGGCGUCGUGGCGUCUUUCGCAAUGUGAUUGUGUCAUUUAAUAUGAAGGAAGAGGCCUUUGGUGAAGUGGGUAUGCCUAAAAGUUUACAAGAGCUGGAAGACUUGAACGUUACUCUGGCGCUACGUGAUGGGUUGCUUGCACUUGUCCCUUGUAACGAAUUUGGCAACAAGGCGUCUCAUUCCGUGUGGGUGAUGAAAGAGUACGGAGUGGAGGAAUCUUGGACUAAGCUGUUUGAUGUUCGCAUUGGGGGAUUUCACAGGUUGAUAGGCUUUACAAAGAGUGGUGAAGUGCUAGCGCACAAGGCUGCCUGGUUGUUUUCUUUUGGACCAAGUAGCGGAGGAUAUGUGAAGGAUUUUCCCAUUCAUCACCUAGAACAUAUUUAUUUGGAUACUUACGUGGAGAGCCUUGUUCUACUGAAUGUAGCCGACCGAAUUCCAAGGCGACUGGAGAAUUCGUCUGAAGAAAGCAGGUGUAUAUCCUGUCCAGAAGAAGUGAAUUGAGGGAAAAGAAGAUUUGGUGAAAUGGUUUUACACCACCUUGGAUGGAGUCGGUCGAUGAAGUACAAGGAAGAAAUCUCUGUUUUGUUUUCUUGGAUUGCUUUUGUUGUUUUAGUUUUCUUUGUUGCUUUACUUUCUUGCAAGAUUUGAAAGAGUGAAA